AUAUAUAUUAUUACUCCAUUUCUUCGGUCAAAGGCCUAAAUUAAAGCUGUUAUUAUCAUAAUCAUCAAAAGGGUACCUACUUCGAUAUGGAAAAUCUUCACUUCGUCUUGAUACCCCUAAUGUCCCAAAGCCAUAUUAUCCCCUUGACAGGCUUUGCAAAGCUACUUGCCAAACGCGGCGUUACCGUCUCCAUCAUCACCACCCCUUCCAACGCCAAAAACUACAACUCCUCCGUCAUCGCCGCCACGCCGGACCUCAGAAUCCAGCUCAUCACCGUCCGUUUCCCGGGCCAAGAGGUCGGCCUCCCCCAAGGCUGCGAGAAUAUGGACGCCCUCCCUUCCCUUGACCUCUUCUACGAGUUCUUCCGAGCCUCCGACUUGCUCCGGCGGCCCCUCGAGGCGAUCGUCUCCGAGCUCCGGCCUAAACCGAGCUGCAUCGUCAGCACCAACGCUCUCCCUUGGACUCAAGAUGUCGCCGACAAGUUCGACAUCCCUCGGUACAUCUUCUCGACCGUCUCUUGCUUCAGCUGCGUCUGCUCGCAUAUCAUGGACGACGUAAGAGCCGUCCGUGAUGAUGCCGAACAAAUGGACGCCAACUCAGCAAUACCAAAAGAGCUCUCAAAAGAUGAAACGAGGAUGACGACCACCUUCGUCGUCCCUCGUGUCCCGGACCACAUAGAGUUUGGGAAGGAUCAGCUCGUGGGGACCACGAUGAAACGCUCAUCCGACAAGCUUUCUAUCAUUUUAAGAAAGAUCAAAGAGUCCCAAGAUUUGGCUCGUGGGAGUUUGAUCAAUACGUUUGAGGAGUUGGAGCCGUGGUACGUGAGCGAGUACAAGAAACUCAUCAAGACGAAUGCUUGGUGCGUCGGUCCGGUCUCUCUGCGCAACAAAGAUGAAGGCAGAAAUGGCCAAGACCGGUCCGAGUGUUUGGAUUGGCUUGAUUCCAUGAAGCAAGGGUCAAUCGUAUACGCUUGCUUCGGUAGUCUCUGCCAACUCUCCUUAUCCCAGUUGAUGGAAAUAGGUUUGGGAUUAGAGGCGUCGGGAUCGCACUUCGUUUGGGUGAUCCGGGGCCUCAACCUGUCAUCAGAAGUCGAGAAAUGGCUCGAAGACGAAGGGUUUGAGGAGAGGGUGAGGGGAAAGGGGUUGGUUGUUCGGGGUUGGGCCCCGCAAGUUGAAAUACUAUCGCAUCCGUCCAUCGGGGGGUUCUUGACACACUGCGGGUGGAACUCGACGCUCGAAGGGGUGUGCGCUGGGGUGCCAAUGGUGACAUUCCCGAUGUUCGCGGAGCAAUUCUCCAACGAGAAACUCAUCACGGACGUCUUGAAGAUCGGUGAGAAGAUCGGGGUCGAAGAGAGCAUGAGCUCAUGGGAUGAAGAGAAGAAUGGGGUGUUGGUGAGGAGGGAACAAGUGAAGAACGCCAUUGAUCGUUUAAUGGGCGGAGACAGAGGAGGGGAUGAGAAGAGGAAAAGAGCACAAGAAUUCGCAAAGAUGGCUAAGGAUGCAGGGGAAGAAGGAGGGUCUUCUUUCUUGAAUGUGUCUUUAUUCAUCCAAGACGUAAUGUUAAUGCAGCAGGGUCAAGAGAUAUAAGAAACAUGUUUACUUGUACAAGUUCAUGAUAUAAUAAGUGAAUUUCACCAAAAUUAGCAUUAGUAAAAAUGAUAAAAAGUGCUUCCUUUGUUUCAUUAUUUGAACAGUUUGACUUUUCGAUUAAAUUGGACCAACUUUG